AGCUGAGCUGCGUGCUCCGCGCAACGUGCUGCGCGCUCACGCUGCGACGCACGGCUGGCUGCUCCAAAACCCGAUCGCAUGCGCUCCAUCCUCCGGCAGCAUCGAUCCCCCUCAUCCUCGUCCUCCCAGCCUUUUCUAACGACCUUCAGCCCUCUUUAGUUGCUGUCUUUGUCCGCCGCGGCCGCUCUCGCUUCUGGAGCCGGCUUGCGGCUGUUCUCUCGGAGGGACAGCGGGUCCCUGCAUCAGCAUCACUGCGGACGCAUUUGGUGGGACAACAGCCAAGCCGAUCGUUUCUUUGUGUCCUCGCUCAGACCGCGGCUAAAAAUCCAUGGCGAAAAGCAACGCGUCAUGCCUCGCAGUGACAGGUGAGAAGAUGGCACCACCAUCCAUUACGCUACUUCCUGACAAGAAAUCUCCGACAAACGGUCACAGCUCUCCUGUUCGGACGGGAAAAACGACUCCAUCUAACGCAGAGAAGAGGCCACACAUGAACGGACAUGCAUCCCCCUCACAUCUAACGAGUAACAACCACGGAGGGAAACAAAGUCAGGAGGGCUACAUGAAGACCGAUGACAGGAUGCGUUUAGCCAAAGAGAGACGGGAGGAGAGGGAGAGAAGCCUCGCCGCCAGGGAGCAGCUGAUCAGGGAGAAGGAGCGCAGGGCUCAGCUGCAGUAUGAGCGCACCGUGGAGGAGCGCUGGAGACGGCUGGAGGAGCAGAGGCAGAAAGAGGAGCUCCGCAGAGCUGCGGUGGAGGAGAAGAGGAGGCAGCAGCUCGAGGAGGAGAGGGAGCGGCUUGAGGCCCUCAUGAAACGUUCUCUGGAGAGGAGCCUUCAGCUGGAGCAGAGAACGAAGCGCUGGGGAAGGGGUUACUCUCCGGGAGCAGGUGACUGUGAGAAUGCCCCACUCCCUUUCUCUGCUGCCUCCGCCUUUUCCCAUGGCAUUGCCUCCCCCCAUCCAGCUGUCAGCGGAUCUGCACCCUGCAGCCCUCACAGGUCGCCUUUCUACAACGCACUCAAUCCUGCAGCUCCCAACAGAACUGGACUUCAGGGAGGCUCCCAGUCCACGCCGAGCACCCCAAAGAAAGAGCGCCUACGCCGAGAAAGAAGAACCGCAUCCCCAGGUUGUGGAUCCCCACUGAGAAGAGCUGAAUCCCCAGCAAGUGUAACUAAGCAGCUGACCUCCCCUUCCGCCUCCAGACUAGUGCCUAAGAUGCGUGCCCAGUCUCCCACCGGUUCUCCUCAGUACCACCAUUCUCCAAUCAGACGUCACCCAAACACAAGCGAUGACAGCAAAGGGGAAGAUAAGAAGCUGGGGAAAAAGAGCGAGCAAUCCAAAGCCGAGCCAACGGCAAAAGCCAGUGCAGACGCCAAAAACCUAAACCCGUCUUCACAAGGCCACUUUGAGAAGAAGCCCAACAGAGACACGCCUGAGAAAAAUCAUUCGCCUGACAGAAGGAACCAAACCUUCUCCAGAAUGGAUUCCGCGGAGAGACGGCUUCUAGUCAAUGGAGAGAGUGGAGACAAGGAGUCUGUGACGAUCACGUCCUCCACGGGAAAAGGGGCAGCCGGCACAACUAAUGCAGAGGAGGCUACGAGGCUGCUGGCAGAGCGCAGGCGUCAGGCUCGAGCCCAGAAAGAACUGGAGGAGAAGAAGCAGGAACAAGAGCAAGAGAAAAGAUUGAGGGAAGAGGAACAAAGGAAGCAGCUUGCUCAGGAGCGACAGCGGCAAGAGGCGAAGGCACAACAAGACGAGGUGAGACAGAACAACAUGGACCACCACAGGCUGAAACCAGAGGAGGACAAAAGGACGGAGGAACCGCAGCAGAUCCAAACUGAGGCAGAGAAAGAAAAAGCCAAGGUCCAGGCUCAAGAGGAUGCGGAGCGUCAGCGGCAAGGCAGGGAACUGCAGGCGCAACAGGAAGAGGAGGAGCGGCAACUCAGAAAAAAGAGAAUUGAGGAGAUCAUGAAGAGAACCAGGAAGGGUGAAGCUGACAUGAAGAUGGAGGAGCAGGUGUUGACAAAGCCAGUCUCACCACCAGAGGAUGCAAGUCCCAAAGCUCCUGUCAUCAAGCAGGCGAGCAAAAAGGUUGAGUUUCAGAUAACAGAGCGGAACGCAGUGCAGGUUGAGACAAAGGAAGGUGUUCCCCUCAAGAAAGUAGCAGCCCAGACGGACAGUGGGAAGAGUAAGCAAGUUCAAAACAACAGUCACCCGGUCACGCAGACACACGGUGUUCCCGAAAAGAGACCUGAGAAAAGACACAGCGGCGAAGAGAACAGCGGCAGCCGACUCAGCAAAGAGGUAAACGCGUUCAAGCAGCAGGGGAGAGAGAUGGAGCUGAAUCUGAACAUGCAGUACAGAUCCAACGUCAAAGUCACCACUCGAGUACACAAAGAGAUUACUGAGCCGGCUGCGAGGAAUGGAGCAGUGAAGGGUGAAGGGGGUGCCUCGACAUGCAGCAAUCCAGACACUGAAGGGAGCAAACGGCAAAGAAAUGUGUCAGUCUCAGCUGAAGGAAGGGUUAAAGACGGGCCAGAUGACGGAGUUGGUAGAGCCUCCCUGACGGCGCUAACAGAGAGACGUUCAUCAUCUCCAGUCAUCAAGGUAGAGCCGGCAGAUGUGAAAAGAACAGGAUCCAGCAAUGAUGUGCAAUCGAUGGACAUCAGUCCAGCUUCAAAGGUCCAGCCUCUGAUAUCCAUCCCCGAGUACUCGCCAGAUAAUGAAACCCAGCAGGGCUUCACGAGCCACAACCAGGCUCUUAAGGACCUGAUGGACCUGACAGGAAGUGUCACGAAUGCAAAGCUCCCCUCCGAGAACACCAUAGGCGACUGCAACAAGAACCUGAUACGGGGGGUUGUCAGUCCAAUGUCAGACUCAAAGCUCGUAGGGCUCACAAUCACAACCCCUUCCUCAAACAAACUUAGCGUCCAGUAGUCUGUCAUCUCUUCCUUCCCCUGCUUGUCUCCUCUUUCUUCUCUGACUUUGUAAAUGAGUGAUUGUAGUUAUGGAAAUCGAGCCAUAGAGACUGACUGAAAAAUGCACAACGAGGGAGCUUGUGAAACGAACUGUGAAUGUUUUCUUGUGACGUUGGCUGGAGGACAAGUAUGCUGGUGAAGAUUCUCAGUCAUCCAGGUCAUGGUCAUUCCAAAAAAAAGUAAAAAACAACUACGGAAAACAAGUCCAGUUGCUUUGUUUUUUACCUUUUUUUUUGACAGGAGGGUAAGAUUAAAAGGCAAACAAAUGUAGGGUGACUCAAAUGUGUUUAUAGGUGUGACAAAGCAGGAAACAAUGCCCCCUUCGCUCCAAAAAAAAUAAAAAAAAUAAUGAAAUAUCAGGUUUCUGAUUAAAACAAAAAGAAGAAAACACAAGAUUACUUUCUUGCAUUAGCUUGAUAAGAAUCGCAUAGAUUUCUAUUCAACUUCAGCUGUAAUAUCGAAUCAUCAAAGCCUAUUCUAGCUGCAUUUUAAACGCUACCAGCUUCCUAAAACACCAAGUUGGUGGGAAAUGUGCUUCUCUGUCAAGUUGUGUUAGUCAUGCAUGUAUAAUUGAUUGAAAGUAAGAAUCCACCCAAAACUGGUUGAACCAUUUCUCUUCCUCGCCCUGUGUAACUGAAUCAAAGAACUGUUCAAUUUCUGAAAUAACUCCCUGAAUGACAGGACUUGCUAAGCGCAUGUGACGGGGACAAAUGAUGGCUGUCCAAAUAGAUUUAGCCCCACUUGUCAGACAAACAAUGACACAUUGCUAUUUUUUCUGGGUAAGCAGGUUAAUUUACAUGUGAGAAUGUUCAAUAAUCAAACUAGGUUGUCUUUAUUUAAGAGUCAUUAAAAAAACUAUCUAAAAUUCUGACUGCUUAACAACUUAAUGUCAUUUCAAAAAGAUUUCUGUUGCAGCAACUUGCUUCAUCAGACACAUUUUUAGGAGAUCUGACAUCCAGAAUAAACAGAUGAUUCGGUUGAACUGAAGUGUAGCAUGAAUGUUGGUUUGUGAAUCAUCUUAUACAUUUUCUCCUGCAGCUUUGGACAAACAAAGUGUCCAAUCCAACAACAACACCCAUUCUGCUUCAGCAAAUGAUAAGAUAAUCAACCAUUGCAGAUCUUAUUUGUCAUAUUUGUAAAGGAAGUUUCAGAAAAAUCCUUGACAAGGAUCGGUCGAUGGAUUUCAUGUCUUUUUCUUUCAAUUUCGACAAGUAUGUGAGUGUGCGAGGUGUAAUGUUUUGCUGGGAAAAACACUCCAGGCUUUCUGGUUAUUUGAGCAGCUUGUGCACUGUGUACCAAAAAAGAUAAUGUGACAUUACCCAGGUGAGAACAUAUAUAGCAUAAUCAUUGCAUAUGCAUUGUUUUGCACAUUCAAGCAUCAUUUUGUAAAGAUGAGCGUUCUGACUAAUACCUACAUUAGGAAGGUGAAAAAAUAAACAAAAAUACUUUCCAAAACAUAUCCAGGACUGCUUGUACCACGACACGACUGAAUCAUGGUCAACUGACAUUAGGCGAUCACAGUAGACCUUGUUUGUGCAUGGUUAGCAUGGAUCACUAUGAUUAUUAGAUCACUGUGUAAUCUAAUAGGAUUAUAA